UUAAUAGUUGUGUUGAUGAUAAACAAGUGAACUCGUGUAUGACGUGCAGCGUGCCGAUUAUUGAAGUGAGAAUAAAGUUGUUUGUUAUGAAGUGAUUGAGAUUUAUCAUUGCGAUUUACAAGAAAGGAAAGAAAAGAUACAGAAUCCAAGAUGUCUUUAACUAAGAUGACAGUAGAAAGACCCAAGAUCGAAGACCGCAACUUUACAAAGCCGUUGAUGUGCGGUCCCGGUCCGUGUGACAUAACCCCAGCGGUCAGCGAGGCUCUCACCAGGCCCGUCGUAUCCGCCAUGUGUGAUGAGUACUUUAACGCAAUGGACGACAUAAGAGCCGGACUACAGUACCUCUUCCAGACGCGAAGCAAGUUGGUGCUGGCCAUUAGCGGUUCAGGGCAUGCCGGCAUGGAGACUGUCAUCUGCAACUUGUUGUCCCCCAGGGACACCCUGCUGAUUGCCAGCAGGGGCAUCUGGGAUGAGCGCGCGAAGAUCAUUAGUACACGAUACGGUAUCAAGGCAAUACCGAUGCAGAUACCGUUCACCGCGACAUUCUCGUUGGACCAGAUCGAAGCUGGGUUGAAGAAGUACCGACCGACGGCCCUGUUCAUCACACACGGCGACUCCUCCACGGGCACCGUACAGAACUUGGAGGGCAUAGGCGACCUCUGUCAGAAAUACGGUGCUUUUCUUCUAGUGGACACCGUGGUGUCCAUAGGCGGUGUACCGUUCUUCAUGGACGCGUGGAAAGUGGACGCCGUGUACACUUCCAGUCAAAAAGCGUUAAGCGCUCCCGCUGGAAUCACGCCUGUUGCCUUCAGCGCUAGAGCUGAGGAGAGAAUAAACAAGAGGGAACACGAGCCGCCGUUCUACUUCGACGUGAAAAUACUGGCGCAGCAGUGGAACUGCCACGGUAACACUAGAUUAUACCAUCACACCUUAAGUCCACCUCUGGUUUGGGCUCUCCGGUGCAGCUUGAAGGAAAUUUCAGAGGAAACUCUGGAAAAGAGUUGGGAGCGUCACACGAACACCAUGGUCCAUUUCCACAAGCGUCUCCAGGAGAUGGGCUUUAAGUUCCUCAUUCCGAAGCCGGAAGACCGUCUACCGACCGUCACGACCGUGGUCUUACCACCAGGGUACGAUUAUCUGGCCUUCGUCAAGUACAUGGUGAAGAAACACAACAUCCUGAUAUUUGCCGGUCUGGGGCCCACCAAAGGCAAGGCUCUACGUAUCGGCACCAUGGGUAUCAAUUCCACCAUACAAGUAGCAGACGCUUUAGCAGAUGCUAUGACGGAUACUCUGAAGAAUCUCACCAAAUCAUCUCUGUAGUUUUUUAAGUCUUAAGAAAACAUAGAUUAUGGUGGAAAUGUAGCGUUUGCUAGUAGUGUAUGUAGUAUAUAUUAGUCUGUAUUAGUGUGUAUUAGUCUGUAGAUAAGCUGUUAUGUUAUGUUUAAUAUUAGUCUGUAGAUAAGCUGUUAUGUUUAAUAAUUACUAUUGGUUAUAACUUAUAACUUUGUUAAUAAAAUCGGGGCUGUUAAA